CCAUCCCCUUUCCUUUCUUGUAUCUCAUUUCAUUGCCUGUUUUCCACUUCAAUCCUUGAAGACAUGAGUGGUUUUAGAGUAGAAGAGAGCUCCGGGAACGGAAGCAACGGCGAAAGGAAAUACAAAGGAAUCCGUCGUCGGAGAUGGGGGAAAUGGGUGUCGGAAAUCCGAGUCCCGGGCAGCCAAGAACGGCUUUGGUUGGGGUCUUAUUCGACGCCGGAAGGCGCUGCGAUCGCCCACGACAUUGCGUUCUAUUGCCUGCGUCGACCGUCUUCCUUAAACUCUCUCAACUUCCCCACCAUGCUACCUCCGAAUGUCAAUGCCGACAUGUCCCCCAAGUCUAUCCAGAGAGCGGCAACGGAUGCCGGCAUGGCGGUCGACGCCAUCCUGAUGGUGGAGUGCCGGCCCGUCGGUAAUGACAACAGUGGGAGUGUAUUUAUGGGCGUGGAGACUGAGUCUUUGAACAUAUCUGUUGAUGAUUAUCUCGAGUCUUGA